AUGUUAUUCAAAUCAUUACAAUCAAUUGUCUCAAGUUCAUCAUCAACAAACUCAAAAGUCCAAAUUGAAAAUCAAACUUCAUUGGGAAUGAAAAGUUUUAAUAAAGUUUCAUUAUUGGAUCACCUUAGUAUAUUUAAUGGAAACAAAAAUAACUCCCUUGAUCUUUUAUAA